AUGUCUCAACUUACGCAGACUUUGUCCCUUACAAGGGACCAUGGGAUAGAGAAUUCGGUAACAACUUCGAUCCAGCUUCAGCCGCUACCACAAAGCGAAAUCCAGCAGCGCGAUAUACACCAUCAUGACGCUUCGGAUAGGGAAUUGAUAGAUGUAGACCCGGUACUUGAGGCCUCUCGCGUUGCAGAUAGCGAUGUGCCUGAGGGCGGCUACGCUUGGGUAGUUAUCUUCGCUUCCGCAAUUGUCUCUUUUUGGUUCACCGGCAAUGGCAACUAUAGCUGGGGUGUCAUACAAAAUGCUCUUCUCGAACAGAAGCUCGCAUCGGCGGCGACAUUGUCCUUCAUUGGAUCCCUCUCCCCCACCAUAAUGGCUGUCUUAGCCAUCAUCAAUGCUCGUGUGAUCCAUUGGCUUGGCAUCCGCCAGAGCGCCAUGAUUGGAAUCCUCCUCCUCGGGGUCGCCCAAUUGACGAGCGGGUUUACAGUAUACAGUGUGGCUGGGCAGUUCAUUACACGCGGCGUUGGUGUCGGCCUUGGCAUGAGCUUGUGCUUCAUGGUAACUUCCAUCAUCGCAGCCCAAUACUUCAAACGGAAGCGUGGCCUUGCUAACGGAAUCAUCUCUGCUGGUGGCGGCCUUGGGGCAGCCGUCGUCACGUAUGUUCUGGACGCUUUGAUCCAAAGGUUUGGUAUUCCCUGGGCCUAUAGAAUUAUAGGAAUCGUGACUUUGGUCACCGGGCUUCCCGCAGCUUGGAUCAUGAAAGAGCGCACUGCUAUCCAGACAGUUAGCUUUAUUGAGUGGCGGCUAUUUAAAGACCCAAAAUUCAUAUUUAUAUUCGUUGCAGGAGCUAUUGCAACUUUCCCGCUUCUUGUACCAGCCUUCUUCCUCCCAUUCUAUAGCAGUUCCAUCGGGCUUUCUUCAAGCACUGGUGCUGCGCUACUGUCUGGUUUCAACUUCUCGUCGGCCGUCGGCCGCAUCGCAGGCGGCUUCCUUUCAGAUAAAUUUGGACCGGUGAACACUCUCAUCAUCUCAUUAGUUCUCAGCGCCAUAAGCAUGCUUGCGCUUUGGCCAGCCUCCACUACCUUAAUCCCCUUGGCAAUUUUUGCCAUCAUCAACGGUGCCCUCAACGGAAUGUAUUUCGCCACAAUGCCGACUGCUGUUGGUAACAUAUUUGGAUCUGCCAGGGUGUCUGUUGCCUUGGGCAUGAUUGUAACCGGCUGGGGAGCAGGAUACCUGAUGGGAGCUCCAAUAGCAGGCUACAUACUGGAUGCACAUGGAGGAUCGGAAACCGGCUUGAGGGCCUUUCGACCGGCUAUGUUCUACGCUGGCUCCCUCGCCUUUGGAGCAGCAGGUUUCCUUAUGCUUAUGAGAUAUCAGAUGAAAUCAUCACUUCUAGCCAAGCUCUAG